AUGGUUGUGGCACUUUUCAGUGGUCAGCAGUUGCCUAAAUAUGUGACACACACAAAUCUGGUAUUAUUUCCAAAGAAGAAAGAGGUCAAUACAUUUUCUGAUAUGAGGCCUAUAAGCCUUAGUAACUUCAUUAACAAGAUCUUCUCGAGAGUGAUUCAUGAGAGGUUGGUGGGGCUAAUGCCUAAUUUGAUCUCAGAAGAGCAAGCUGGUUUUGUGAAGGGGAGAAGUAUAAUAGAGAAUGUGCUAUUAACACGGGAGAUCAUCACUGAUAUAAGGCUUAGAACGAAGGCAGAAAGAUUCAUUGGGAUGGUAUAUGAUAUUGUGGGAAAUAAUUGGUAUUCAGUGCUCGUAAAUGGAAAACCAUCUGGUUUUUUCAAAUCUUCGAGGGGUGUUAAACAAGGAGAUCCACUAUCACCUACAUUGUUUAUAUUAGUUGAUGAAACCUUAUCAAGAGGUUUGAAUGCCCUGCAUUUGAACUUGUACUUUUGUGGUUUUGGUCUUUCUAAAUGGAGUCCAAAAAUAAAUCACCUAGCUUAUGUAGACGACACAAUCAUUUUUUCAUCUUCUGGUGCUACUUCAUUAAGGUUGCUUAUGAACAAAGGAAAAUCUGCCAUCUAUAUGGAUCACUUGUCGGAUUUGGAGGUGGUUAGAAUAGUUGAGAGGAUCACUGGUAUUGGAAGGCAGGAUUUUCCAUUUACAUACCUAGGAUGCUCCAUCUUUUAUGCUCGAAGGAAAUUGGACUAUUAUCAAGGAUUGAUCACUAAAGUACUCAAAAAGUCGCAAGCUUUGAAAGGUAAACAACUCUCUAUAGGAGGCAGGGCUGUGUUGAUUGCUAAUGUUCUCCAAAGUAUGCCAAUCCACUUGUUGUCUGUUGUCAAUCCUCCAAACUAUGUGAUUAAUAAGCUGCACAAAAUGUUUGCCAAAUUCUUUUGGAGCAGUUCUGUGGGAGGUAAUAGCAAGCACUAG